AUGUCGUCCAUGGGCAAGAUGAUCCGCCGAAAGAAGAAUGUCAAGAAGGGUAUUCAGUUUUGCCUGAUGGUCUGCGGUGCUUCAGGCACUGGCCGUACCACCUUUGUCAACACUCUCUGCGGAAAGAGCGUGCUUGAGCACAAGGAGUCCGAUGAUGCUAGCGGCGCGCACGUUGAGGAUGGUGUUAAGAUCAAGCCCAUCACUGUUGAGCUUGAGCUUGACGAGGAGGGUACUCGUAUCUCUCUGACCAUUGUCGACACACCUGGCUUCGGUGACCAGAUUGACAACGAAGCUAGCUUUUCAGAGAUCGUUGGCUACCUCGAGAGACAAUACGACGACAUUCUCGCCGAAGAGUCCCGUAUUAAGCGUAACCCUCGAUUUAGAGACAACCGAGUGCAUGCUAUGCUCUACUUCAUUACUCCUACAGGCCAUGGUCUCCGAGAACUCGACAUCGAGCUCAUGAAGCGACUCGCCCCCCGUGUCAACGUUAUCCCCGUUAUUGGCCGCGCCGAUUCACUCACCCCCGCUGAGCUUGCCGAGUCCAAGAAGCUUGUUAUGGAGGAUAUUGAGCACUAUCGUAUUCCCGUCUACAACUUCCCCUAUGAUAUUGAGGAGGAUGACGAGGACACUGUUGAGGAGAACGCUGAGCUCCGUGGUCUCAUGCCCUUUGCUAUUGUCGGAUCUGAGGAUGUUGUUGAGAUUGGUGGCCGUAAGGUUCGCGCCCGUCACUACCCUUGGGGUGUUGUUGAGGUUGACAACCCUCGUCACUCCGAUUUCCUCGCUAUUCGAUCGGCGCUGCUCCACAGCCACUUGGCUGAUCUGAAGGAAAUCACCCAUGAUUUCUUGUAUGAGAACUACCGUACCGAGAAGCUGUCUAAGACCGUCGACGGUGCUUCUGGAAAUGCCGAUAGCUCAAUGAACCCUGAGGAUCUUGCUUCCCAGUCCGUCCGUCUCAAGGAGGAGCAACUUCGACGAGAGGAGGAGAAGCUGCGCGAGAUCGAACUCAAGGUGCAGCGUGAGAUCAACGAGAAGCGACAGGAGCUUCUGGCUCGCGAGUCCCAGCUUCGUGAGAUCGAGGCUCGUAUGCAACGAGAGGCCGCUGCUCAGAAUGCUGGCACACCCGAGCCCAAUGGUGGCGAGGAGCAGCUCAACUAG